AAUGAAAGUUGUUCAAGUGUACAGAAUGAUUAACUGAACGUUUACUAAUAACUCUAUUUAAAUGGCGUUUACUUCAACAUUAGUUGUUUUGACAAUUUACCAUGAGCUGCUCACGGGAUCCAACGGCGUCGAACUAUUCAGGACAACUCUGACGGACGGAGAACGAAUGAAGACUUUUCAGCGAGGACAUGAAAACAAUGAACACUAUCAGAGACGGAUUCAUUUCCAGAACUCACUCAAGAGACAAGCCUUUCUGAAUUCAGCACUGAAGAGAUCAGACCAGUCUGCCCGUUACGGCAUCAACCAGUUCUCGGACUUAUCUCCACAGCAAUUCAAAGAGCGAUAUCUCACUGCCCGGACUGAGACGGCUCCAAAGUUUGACCCCUCUAGGACUGGAAUUCAAGUUAAGAUGAAUUAUCCACCCAAGUUUGAUUGGAGGGACCAUGGAAUUGUCGGACCAGUCCGAAACCAGGAGUCGUGUGGAGGAUGCUGGGCCUUCAGUGUGGUGGAGGCCAUUGAAACGGUAUCUGCUAAAGAUGGUGGAAAACUGCAGCAGCUCAGUGUGCAGCAGGUUAUAGACUGCUCUUAUGAAAAUGAGGGCUGUAAUGGUGGAUCUCCUGUUGGAGCUCUGGAUUGGUUGGCACAGACCAAACUGAAGUUGGUGAAUGAGGCGGAGUAUCCCUUCAAAGACAUGGCUGGGAUCUGCCAGUACUUUCCUCAGUCUCACACUGGAGUGGCAGUGAGGAAUUACUCAGCUUAUGACUUCAGUGGACAGGAGGAGGUGAUGAUGAGUGUGCUGGUGGAGUCGGGGCCUCUUGUUGUCAUUGUGGAUGCCAUCAGCUGGCAGGAUUACCUGGGCGGCAUCAUUCAGCACCAUUGCUCCAGCCACAACGCCAACCAUGCCGUCCUGAUCACCGGUUAUGAUACCACAGGGGAAGUGCCGUAUUGGAUAGUACGCAAUUCAUGGGGGACCUCAUGGGGUGACAAUGGAUAUGCUUACAUAAAAAUAGGGAAUGACAUGUGUGGCAUUGCGGACAACGUUGCUGCUGUUUUUCUGUAAUUGUCAAUAAUCUUUGUACUUCCGUGAAAAGACCGUGGCAGAUCGACAUUUUAAAAAUAUCACCCUCAGGACGGAAAUCCUCCGGUGUAGCUGAUGAGAAUUGUAAAAAUUAUCACGGGGAUGCGGAUAACAAAUCCUAUUGCCUCUCGAAUGCAAAGCAAGUACGCUGCUAUUUGAGCUAAUACACCACAUUCCUAAUCCCAGCCACUGUAGCCCAAAAUAAUUGCAGUCAGAGCCGCUUUCUAUUUUAGUUAUCACACACCAGCUAGAUUUGUCCAUAAGUAUGCUUUAAUCUGUAGAAAACACUGUUGGUGAAUACAAGUGCACAACUGAACACGUAUUGUAUUGUGACAUUGCACUGAUAUAGGACACAAGGGAACUCAUCUGCAAAAAUGUGAAAAUAUUAUUAGAUGUGAAUACUAAUUACAGCCCUAAAGAGUUUUGCAAGAAAAAGUGCUUAUUACUACAGCAUGUACCAGAUAUUUAAAAAGUUCUGCUUUUAUAAAAAAAUGUAACUACAAAGUUAACUUUUUAUUCUGUUUUACA